CUCUGCAAAAAGCAAGCCCUCACUUUCCUCGAAGGGCACGGCGAAGGAGGGUGAAUUCACCGUCUUUGUCUCUCUUCCGCCGAUCUCGAAAGCCAAGAACGUUUAUUCUUGGGAUCUUCAUCUGCUUCUCACCCCUUCCAUCUCCGGCCCUCAGAUCCUGAAACGCAAUACCACCACCAAGAUCGACGCCUGAAUCCUUGACCAGUCGACCUCGUACCGUGUUGAAAAAUCGAAACUUUCUGAUAUCGGAGAGCGGGAAUGGCGAAGAAGAGACGGCACGAAGCUGAAGCGGCGACGAGCGGUGUCGAGCCUGCGACUGAGCUUCUCGGCGGCGGCGGCGGCCCUCGCGACGACGAGCCAAAGAAGAGGAGCGGCAAGAAGAAGAGGAGGGAGGGCAGCGGCCACCCCCGCGACGGAGAGCCAAAGAAGAGGAGCGGCAAGAAGAAGAAGAGGAGGGAGGACGGCGGCGGCGAAGGCGGAGGGGAGUCCAGUUCCAUCAUCGACGACGCUCAGUCUUACGAGCUCGCCACCCGCGUGGGAUAUCAGGUCGUUGGAAGUCCUCUGAAAAUUCAGGAAAUGGAGAAGCCAGUGGGAUUUGAUUAUGAUGUAUUCUUGAACUUUAGAGGACCGGAUACUCGCCGUGACAUUGCUGAUUGCCUUUAUUCCAGCCUCACUGAUUUCGGUAUACGAGCAUUUAGAGAUAAUGAAGAGCUUCACGUUGGGAAAGAGAUUGGCCCGGAGCUUCUCCAAGCGAUUAAGCAGUCGAAAAUCUCGAUUCCUAUCUUUUCUAUAAGAUAUGCCGAGAGUGAAUGGUGCCUCAUGGAGUUGGUCCAGAUGGUGGAGUGCAAGGAAAAGUGGGGACAAGAGAUCAUGCCAAUUUUCUACGAAGUUAAACCAUCCGAGGUUCGUGACCAGAAAGAAGCUUAUGGUACGGCUAUUCAAUCACACAGAGAUAAGCGGCUGUACAAAAAAAAGACUAUUCGAAACUGGACGGUAGCUCUCAACAAGGUUGGAAACUUAAAAGGCUGGGAACUCAAGGAGAGUGGCAAAGGUGAGUUCACAAAAAAAGUUGUUCAGGAGCUUUUGAUCAAGUUGAAAAAGAACUACGUGGCUGUAUCUGAUUACUUGGUUGAAAUGGACGAUCAUGUGGACGAAAUCAUGGAAUUGAUAGGUGAACGGAUCAUUGAAACAAAGGUCGUUGGUAUCCAUGGUAUGGGUGGUGUCGGAAAGACAACUCUUGCCACAAUCAUCUAUAAUAAACUAUCGGCCCAUUCCACUAACUGUUGCUUCCUGUCUGACUGCAAAGACAAAGAGGUUGCGAUUUUGCAGAAGCAGCUCAUCUUUGAUAUCCUAAAAGAGAGUGUGCCCAUCCGUAAUAGGGCAGAAGGGAUUACUGCGAUCAAGGAGAGGUUAUCCUCUAAAAAGGUCGUACUUCUACUUGAUGAUGUCAUGGAAAAGACUCAGUUGGAUGCUCUUGUGGGAAUGGGUAAAUGCUGGUUCGACAGAGGAAGUAAGGUUAUUAUCACCACAAGAGACGAGGAAGUUCUCAAACAUGUAGAUGUGAAGUACAAACUUACUGAAAUGGAUUUUAAUCAUUCCCUUAUACUGUUUAGCAGACAUGCCUUUAAUAAUGAUCAUCCUCCGGCUGAAUAUUUCGACCUCUCGAAAAAUGCGGUAAAUAUCUGCGGUCGUCUUCCUUUGGCUCUUGAGAUCAUUGGUUCUCUUCUAGCUAAGGAAGACAGAAAUUUUUGGGGGACCACAUUAAAGAAGCUGAAAAGUAUUCCCGAUAAAGGAGUUGAAAAAAGGUUGAACAUUAAUAUUGAGGCAUUAGAUCAACCAGCGAGGAAAAUAUUUCUCGAUGUUUGUUGCUUCUUCGUUGGGUUUGAUGUGAGAAUUGUGAGUCACAUGUGGGAAAGCUAUGGGUUUCACCCACGCUAUUAUCUUCACAUCCUCCAAAAGAUGUCGUUAAUAGAGAUUACAAAACAUAAGCAACUGUGGAUGCAUGAUAUCAUAAGAGACAUUGGGCAAAAUUUUGUUCGUAAGAAUGCUGAUUAUAAACCAGAGAAGCAAAGUCGGGUGUGGGAUCAUGAGAAAUUGAUUGAUGUCCUUGAAAUAAAGGAGGGAAGAGAAAAUGUUGAAGCAAUAUGUCUCAGGUUUGAUCGUCAAUUUCAAGACUUCAUUGAGAAGGAAGAAUCUAUAGGCCUAUCAAAAUUAAGAUUUCUUCAAGUGGAUUGUGUAGACUUGGAUGAGAGCAACGGUCAGCAUUUUCCUUCUACCAACUUGUGCCAGAGGAAUCCGAUCAUGCUUCCUAAUUUGAUAAUGCUCUCAUGGCAUAACUUUCCUGUCUAUUUCAAAUUCACCACAAUUUGUUUUAAGAAGCUAAUGAUUCUUGAUCUAUCAAGGAGUCAAAUUACUGAUGAGUGGGAGGGAUGGAACCACCUCAAGAUGACAAAGAACUUGAAGGUUCUAAAUUUGACUGGAUGUGGAAACUUGCAUAGAACUCUUGACCUUUCUGCUCAUGAAAAUUUAGAGCAACUGAUUCUUCAAGGGUGCACGAAACUGGUUGAAGUCCAUAGGUCUAUCGGUAUGUUAAAGCAUUUAGUGUUAUUAAACUUGAAAUAUUGUGAGAAACUUCAGACAUUGCCAGACGAGAUGGAAGAAAUGGAAGACUUGAGAGAACUUCUUCUUGAUGGGACAUCUAUUACCAAAAUUCCUGAAUGGAACGGAAUGAAGAAAUUGGAAACUCUCAGUGCAGCGUCAUGUCGCUUACUGAGUGAACUUCCACUUGGAAAUUUUGGAUCUCUCGUCAAGUUAGAUCUUUCUUAUUCAAGCAUACGAGAGUUACCCGACUCAAUAGAGACGAUGAAGAACUUGAGAAUACUAAGGAUCUUUGACUCCAUGUUAGAAAAGCUACCUAGCGCCCUUGGGAAGUUGGAGAGGCUUGAAGAGUUCUAUGCCAACAGUUAUGGAUGUUUGAGUGGGGAAAAUCCAAGUGAGAUUGGAAGACUAUCAUUGGAGAAGCUUGAAAAGAUCCAUGCCAGCAGUUGUAGAUAUUUGAGUGGGGAAAUUCCAAGUGAGAUCGGAAAACUAUCAUUUCUAAGAAUCUUGAUGUUAUCGGGCACGAGAAUUUUCAAUAUACCUAAGCUUCUUGAAAGUUUGACCGAACUAGUCCUAACCAAUAAUCUACAGAUGAGAUGCCCAAAUCUCUCGAACCUAAUAAAUUUGAGAGUUUUGACGUUGAAAUUAGAGUAUCAAAGCCCUUCCCAUCCAACUCCAAGCCUCAAUUGGAUCGGAGGGUUAAGAAAGCUAGAGUCCUUGGGGUUGUAUUGUGAUGAUUUGGUCACCCUACCUUUAGAUUUUAAUCUCCUUUCGAAGCUCAGGAAGCUUCAACUCCUCGCAAAUAACCUAGAAUGCCUACCUAAGCUUCCUCAGAAUUUGUCAUACUUCCAUUUUGAUGGGCGUGGGUUAAUGGAAAAGUCGAUAAAUCUUUCAUAUUGGGAGAAGUUAUCAGAAUUGAAACUCUCUUAUUGUGAACAGCUAAAAGAGAUUCGAAGUUUUGGAACCUUUGAAAAGCCUGCGAUUGCUUACUCUUUGGGAUCUUCCGUCGCUGGUGAAGUUGCCCACCUGACUGGCUUGAAGAAGCUCCAGCAUUUAUGGAUAAAUGAUUGUCCUAAACUGGUUGAGGUUAGAGGUCAGCAAGAAUCGUUGGGGUCUUUUCUUUUAGAGCGCUGUCAAUCACUCGAACAGCUGCCUGAUCCAUUGAGCUUCAAGCAUAUACAAGUAUAUAUUAUAAGGAGUUGUCGGAAGGUAAAAGAGAUUCAAGGCCCGGAAACUUCGGAGAACUUGGGUUGGUUACAGUUGGCUGAUCUUCCGUUGCUAGAGAAGUUGCCUGACCUGACCAAUGCCAAGGAGUUGAGGUUACUUUUUUUAGAGUGCUGUCCUCAUCUAGUUGAGAUUCCAGGUUGGUUAGAAUCAUUGCGACUCCUUGGUAUAAUUGGCUGCGGGUCUCUGCAUCAAUUUUCUGAUCCUUUAAGCUUAAUGAAUCUAGAGGACGUGAUUAUAAAGGAAUGUGAGAGAUUGGAGGAGACUCUGGAAUCCGAUGAGUACGGUGAGUACAUAUAUGUGAAAUUCUGGAGAUGUUCGAAAGAAGAGAGGAGCCAUUCGAGAAGGUUGUGGUGAAAAAGUGAGGAGAGCCUUUCCAGAAUUUUGGUUUAGAGACUGAAAUCGCGGAGAGAAGAUUCCGUAUCAGAUUAGUCAGGAAUAUUAUAUCGAAAUGACGCGUAAAGCGACAACGCGAGCGAGGAGCUCGCCCAGAACCAGCAGCGACGGUGACCCCGAGCGGAAGAACGAGACGCGAUUCGACCAGGCGGAGAUCUCCCUCCGGGGACUGCCACCCCCGUCUUCCUGACCGCCCAUCUGUUCCCACGACAGUUUUGUAGGUUGUCUAGAAAAAGGUCUUGCUUUUUCCUUCUUCGCAUCUUUAUUUGGUUUUCUGGUAAUUUUCUCUUCGCAUUUUCAUGAAUUGGGUCCGCGUGCGAAUCUUCGAUGCAAUCUGUGAUAGAUUAGGAAAAGAUUUGGGACGGAUUGAGUUGGUUUUUAUUAUUUUCAGUCGUGACUUGUCAUACAUACGAAAUGAAAACAGCCCUUUCGAUGAACUCGCUCGGGAGCUGACUCACUUGAUUUUCUUCCAUCUGCAUCUAAUCUUUAAUAGCUUUGGUCUAAACCACAAGUCGCAUUCUAUUGAAACACAUUGCUACUCCUGUGCGUCAGUUCGGUUCUGCACCCGUGAGGGGAUUGAUUUUCGCUCCUUAGGAACUAGUUCAAACCAUACAUGGCGAAUCAGUUGUUCUUCUGAGCUUGUCAAGGUCUAGCUAAAAGUGAAAAAUUGUCCUGGAAGGCAUGAAAUCUUGCUAUAAUCGAUUGGUUCUGCAAUUUCUUUCUUCUUAUUUUUGGUCUUGUGGUCCUACUUACUUCUAAAACUUUUAGCUGGUGCAAUUAGUAAUAAAUCUCGGAACAUGUUGCAACUCCCAUGCAUCAGUUCACUUCUGCACCAAUCAGAGUAUCAAUUUUCGCCCUUUGGGAACUAGUCCAAACCUUGCAGGUGGAAUAGUUCGAGGCAGGGACUCGUUUCUUCUUCUGAGGUUACCAGGGUCUAGCUAAAGCCAAAAUAUUGUCCUUGUAGGCAUGAAAACUCACUACAGUAGGUUUUGACAAUUUGGAUGUUGCUUCUAAAUUCAUUGAAGCUCCAAGUCCUUCGUAGCUCAGAAGGUUAGGGAAGCUGGGAUCCUUGCUGUUGGAAUCUCAUUAUUUCAUCACCCCAUCUUCAGACAUCAUUCUUCUUUCACAGCUCAAGGAACCUGAACUGGUCCCCUCCAAGAAGCUGCACUGCCAACCUAGCCUUGCCCCAAAUUUGUUGUACUUAGAUACCGAAUCAUGCAAGGAAAUAAAAACAUCAAUAGACGUUUCAAAUUGGAAGGCGCUGUCAGAGUUGGAAGUUGCUCAUUGCCCUAAAGUGAGAGAGUUCAGAGGCCUCCAAGUUUUGGAGAGCCCGAGUGCCUUCAAGCUUGAAGGAGUUCUAUCUAUGGACAAGUUGCCUGACCUGACCAACUUGAAGAAGCUCCAGAAAUUUUAUCUGCAGUGAUGUCCUAAAGUGGCUGAGAUCCAAGGCAGAGUAAAAUCGUUGGAGGCAACUUUCGAUAGGUUCCUUUUAAAUCUUUGGAGAAGUUACCGGAUCAAGAAGCUAAAAUCAUUUUAUACACUCAAGCGUGAGAAGGUAGAAUGUUCUCUUGAGUGCUGAUGAUCAGUGAAGUACUUGAGGAAUAGACGCAGCCUGAUCUUGCGGAAUCCAACUUAGAGUAUCUUUUUGUUGUUUUUAAGAUACUUUUAUCUCUUGGACUUCUGAGUUUGGUUAAUGGUAGAAAGUAAAUGUUGGUUGCGCACCUGAUUUCAGUGGUUGGCCAGCAGCUCAAAACUCUGUAUAGACGCAGUUCUCCUGUAUUCCUUUUCUGGUAAUUGUCUCUUUGCUGUUACAUGAAUUGGGUCCGUGUGCAAAUCUUUAAUGCAAUCAGUGAUAAAUUAGGAAAAGAUUUGGA